AUGGCGGCCCUCCAGUCCAAGUCCGUGGCAGCGUGUGCUGGCGUUCAGCAGCAGAGGCUUGCGGCGCCCUGCGUGCGUCCCCAGGCUGGGCAGCGAGUGUAUGCCUCAUGCUUCGCCUCUUCGGCCAGUCUCCGCGCUGCCUGCGGCCAGCCCGUUGUGGCCAG